AUGAGCAAUUCAAAAGAAAGACUUAUUAAGUGCAAUAUUCAUCCUUAAUUUCAGCUGCAUUUCAGGAAAGGCGAGGUCAUCAAGCUUGACGGAUACUGUACUUAUUCCAAUCUCAUUAAUAGAACACCUUCCAUUUUGUCUAUUGUUGUAUUUGCUCCUUUUAGAAUUGCUAGGAAUAACAUCAUAUAUAUUACUCUGUCUUUAAUUUCUUUGAUUUUACUUGCUUCUAUUUGGUCAAUGUAAUUAUAAUUAUAUUGUAGAGACUCGCCACA